CCCGGCGGCACCGCGGGCAGACCUCCUUCUGAUGACCAACGUGAAUUCCAAGCGAUUUUUAUCGGCAACCAAGCCCCCAACUUCCCAUCCAUUCCAGCUGGCAGCGACGCUUCUGAUGCCGGAAGAUCCCGAUUCGAGACCACGCAAACACUUCUCUUAAACCUUCCUAGAUGAUUGUAGUUGCUUUGGCUGUGUUCUACGCUAGCAGAAGCCUUUUCCAAGGUCUGCUGUUGGCUCUAGAGCACCACCUUCCCCGUUUGCCGGGGGCUGGGAACAUGGGAAACUCGUGCGUUUGCCGCGACGACAGCGGAGCGGAAGACAACGCGGAAUCUCAGGGCCGGCAGGCGGAGAACAGCAGAGCGCACAUCCCCGAGGCGAGGAGCCACCCAAGGGACCCUGUCCGGCCACCCAGGAGGGGUCGGGGGCCCCACGAGCCACGGAGGAAAAAACAGAAUGUGGAUGGGCUGGUGCUGGACACACUGGCUGUAAUUCGGACGUUGGUGGAUAAUGACCAGGAGCCUCCUUAUUCAAUGAUCACGUUGCAUGAAAUGGCAGAAACAGAUGAAGGCUGGUUGGAAGUUGUCCAAUCUUUAAUUAGAGUUAUUCCAUUAGAAGAUCCCCUGGGACCAGCUGUUAUAACGCUGCUGCUCGAUGAAUGUCCACUGCCAACAAAAGAUGCAUUACAGAAGUUAACAGAAAUCUUGAACUUGAGUGGGGCUGCUGCUUGCCAGGACGCCUGUCACCCUGCCAAGCACCGCAACACGACCGCAGUGCUCGGCUGCUUGGCAGAGAAGUUGGCAGGUCCUGCGAGCAUCGGCUUACUCAGCCCAGGAAUAUUGGAAUAUUUACUUCAGAGCUUGAACUUCCAGUCCCACCCGACAGUGAUGCUUUUUGCACUGAUAGCACUGGAGAAGUUUGCACAAACAAGUGAAAAUAAAAUGACAGUUUCUGAAUCGUGCAUUAGUGACCAACUGAUCUUGCUCGAGAAGUGGACAGAUAAUCCAGACUACCUAAAACGCCAGGUUGGAUUCUGUGCCCAGUGGAGUUUAGACAAUCUGUUUUUAAAAGAAGGCAGGCAGUUUACAUAUGAGAAGGUUGACUUGACCAACAUCAGGGCUAUGCUGAACAGUAAUGAUGUCAGUGAAUACCUGAAGAUCUCGCCACAUGGAUUAGAGGCUCGGUGCGACGCCUCCUCCUUCGAAAGCGUCAGGUGCACGUUCUGUGUCGAUUCUGGAGUCUGGUACUACGAAGUGACAGUCAUCACCUCGGGGGUGAUGCAGAUAGGAUGGGCUACCAAAGACAGCAAAUUUCUCAACCACGAAGGUUACGGCAUCGGGGACGACGAGUACUCCUGCGCGUACGACGGCUGCCGGCAGCUGAUCUGGUACAACGCCAGAAGUAAACCACAUUCCCAUCCCUGCUGGAAAGAAGGAGACACAAUAGGAUUUCUACUAGACUUGCAAGAAAAGCAAAUGAUCUUCUAUUUAAAUGGAAACCAGCUUCCUGCUGAGAAGCAAGUAUUUUCAUCUGCUGUGUCUGGCUUUUUUGCUGCAGCGAGUUUCAUGUCCUAUCAGCAAUGUGAGUUCAACUUUGGGGCAAAACCCUUCAAGUACCCCCCAGCAAUGAAGUUUAGUACCUUCAACGAUUAUGCCUUUCUGACAGCAGAGGAGAAAAUCAUUUUGCCCAGACACAGGCGCCUGGCUCUGUUGAAGCAAGUGAGCAUCCGAGAGAACUGCUGCACCCUUUGCUGUGAUGAGGUAGCAGACACAGAACUCAGGCCGUGUGGACACAGCGACCUGUGCAUGGAGUGUGCCUUGCAACUGGAGACCUGCCCUUUGUGCCGACAGGAAAUACAAACCCGAGUCAGACAGAUCUCUCACAUUUCAUGACACACGUGGAGAAACACCACAGACUUGUUUGCAGUGAACACCAACCAGUACUGAAAGGGGAAAGCAUCUCUACCCAAUCUUUAUGCACAUAGAACCAUAGCCACGGCCAGAUUUCAUGCUAACCCGUUAAUCUGUUUAUCUUAAAAACCGAGAUCUUUAAUAAGCUAUCUCCAGCUUGCCAGCAAUGGGAGCUGGUUCCAGCAGUAAGGAGAGCUGCUAGGUCAGCGUGCUGUGGCUGUUGGUUCCUCUGAAGAGCAGAGGGGAGUGUCUCUCCUUCCCCCUUUCCUUCUCGCCUGUCGCAAGUGCUGAAGAAAUUUGCACUGGAAGUUACACGUACAAUGCAUUUUAGACAAGAAGAGAGAAUAAGUGUCUCCCAAAACAGGGCCGUGCUGUCUUGUGCUCGAAAAGUCUCUAUUUUUGGCAGAAGUCAGUACUGAAAAGAGAAUGCCAAUGUUUUCCUGUUUAAUGUAGCCUCCUGCUGGUCAGAGACUCUGUGUUUUCCAAUAGUGGAUAUUGAACUGCUCAGAGACUGAAUCUGUACACAGACUGAUUUGAGAAGACAGUGUGGAGACUGUAGAGAAACUCACAGGUUUUAAUAACUUGGUGAUUCCAAAGAAUGUUCUGAUUUGUUUUUAAAUGUUAAGAGAUCGGUGGUAUUUUCAAGUACAUAAUGUUUCUGAUGCUUUUAACUUCAGUACCCACGUUUUUUUGUGAGGUUAUAAUUUUCAGGAGGUAUUCUUAACUAAUUAUAAUGCUGGACUGGAAUUAAUUUGAUAUUCUGGGUAUUUUUUAAGGUAUCAUUGAACAUCUUUUUUAAUCAGUGUUGUUUUUGAAAGUUAUAUUCACUUUGGAAAAAUCGAGCUAUCUUAAAAUAUUAGAGGAUAAUUUGGGGCCAGUUUAUUUAAAAAAGGUUAUUUGGGUACCAAUUUCAGUCUUAUUCUGUAACUCCUUAAAAAUGCACCUUGCUUGCCAUGUGUCAGUCCUGCUCUGAGCAGGUUUGGGGGCCACACUUCAUAUUUUUGGUAGGGAUCAUACAGUGGGAAACUCUGUUCCACUUGAAUUACACAUUCGUGAUGCUUGUAUGUUGAGGAUGCAUUUCAGCAGGCAGCUCUUGACUGGUUUACUAGGUUUCUCCAAGGAAUCAGGGUUCACAGCUGGGGUCAGUGAAGUAGCACAAAAAUCAGUGGAGUUCUGCUUAUUUUGCACCAACUGAGGAUACGACUCCGUCUCUUCCAAGACUUGCACAGUUUGAUUUUUUUUUUUUUGAUUUUUUUAUUUUUUAAAUUGUCUGUCUGUGAAGUGGAACUUUACUAAUUCACACACAAUUCACACCAAAACCAUCCCACUUCUUGGCAGCGAUUCAACAGCAGAGGCUGUUGUGAAUUCUCACGCUGCGAUGUAGCUUAUUUUUAAAGUCGUUUAUUAUAUUUUAUUGUACUAUCAAAUAUUAACAAAGCAGAGCCGAGGCUUCUUCCUGCUGAGCAUUCUGGCUUCCUACUGACCUGAGCUCUGCACACAGGUCAAAGGAUCCAGCUCUCUAGCAAACUCCUUUCACCUUCUGCCUUUGCUAACUCAAGGGUGCUGAACUUCAUCCAGAGAUGUGUGAAUUAGGAAAGUUCUGUCCAUCGUUUUCUUGUUGACUUUUGUCCAAAUACAGACUGAAUCCAGAAGUGGUGUGUGCUGGUUAAGUGUUUUUGCUAAAAUGUGAAUUCUCUUCCACCUUGGAUGGAAGGUUUGAUUCGAGUCAGACCGGCAGAUCUG